AUGGAUAUCAGGGAGGAAAAGCAAAAUUUCCGUGUUGCAUUUCAGACUAACAAUUUCAGGGCAGCUCUGAAGGGGUUUGAAAGACUGGUUGAACGUACAGCAGCCCAGAAAAAAGAUGAAAGAUUAGGCUUGUUUACCCAAAAAGAAGAUGCAAUUGAUUAUGACAAGUUUUAUGGGACAGUGCAAGAACUUUUUGGUCCAGAAGUGAAAAAUCAAGAUGUGAAAUGCUUUUACAGAAAGCUCUGCAACAAUCCUGAUGCUCCUAUGGACUGGUGUGAGAUCUUUGGAUACUUCUGCUCAGAGGAAGAUGUGCUUUCCUCCCAGAUGGAUGAAGAAAAUUUGAUUUUCCUUGUUUCUAGAAAACAGCGAGUUGUGAUUUCAGGUAGUAGAAGACGGGAUGUGAUCAAGUGCAUUGUCAAGAUUCCUCAACUGGAUUUACUAAUCACAGCAUCUCAAAAAGGACUGAUAACUCUGUUUAAUAGCCAGGAUACUUCCUGGAUUACAGGAUGUGACUACCUCUCACAACUGAAACGAAUUGUUGCCACUACAGAAAGGACCAUUAUUGUCUGGGAUUAUAAAGCUCAAGGGAACAACCAGGAAAGCUAUUUUAUCAUAAAGCCUAUGGAUCAUUGCCUUCUCUGUGUUUGUGUUGUACCACUGCCAGACCAGCUUUGCAGAGAUAACAUCCUCUUAGGAGAUGAUGGUGGCUUUGUGAACAGAUUCACAGUAAAUAGUGAUGACUUCGGACUUAAACAGGCAAAAACCAAAAAAAAAUUACAAAAUCAGGUUUUAGACUCAAAGAACUUUAAAAGUGUUAAGAGGAAGCUGCAUAAUGACUGGGUGAUGAAAAUUAAAUAUAUUUCAGCUCUAAAUUGCUUUGGAUCCUGCUCCUUAGAUAGUGUGCAUUCAUUAGUUUUGGAUUCCUUGAAGAGACUUGAGGAUAAUUUGCCUGUCAGAGAGUUUUCUAUGCCAAGAGGAGCAAACACAUUUUGUUACUGUAUAAAAGCAAAUGUAAUUGUUACUGGAGGAGAUGAUAAAGUGCUCCGGCUGUGGCAUCCCAAUAUAAGCACCAAACCAGUGGGGAAACUUGUUGGGCACAUGUUCAGCAUCACUGAAAUUGUAACAAAUGAAAAGGAUCAACAUGUCAUCAGCCUUUCUUCUGCCAAGAAUGGAGUGAAACAAGGAUGUCCUUUAUUACCACUCUUAUUUGAUAUUGUCCUAGCAACAGCAAUAAGACAGGAAGGAUAUAUAGAUGAGCUUCUUAUUUCUGUUACAGGAUCUAGUGUUAUAGAUAUGUAUCCUUUGACUCGAAUGAUACAAGACACGAAACAGAUUCCUCACACUCAUGAACGAGAAAUCAAUGUCUUGCUUUACAACAAAACCUUUCACCAAGUACUCACUAUCUGCUCAGAAUCUAUAAUUAAGAUAUGGGAACUAGAGACUGGCAUCCAAAUAUACCAGAUUUUAGACCCUCAUGGCUUCAGUAUUGAACUGACUGCUGCAUCUAUUGAUGAAAAUGGACUUCUCUUUGCCACCGGAGCAUAUAAUGGAACAGUUAAAGUCUGGGACUUUGGCAGUGGACAAGAGCUGAAAGUAUUACCUGAAGGAAAAGACUGGAAGGAAGAAGAACACUGGCUACAAGACCUGUUUUUCCUGAAAUCUCAGGAGAAACACCAGUACUUGAUCCUUGCCUUGGAGCGCAAUGGGAAGAUCAAAAUGAUCCAGGGUAAGGAAGAGGAUAUUUUCCUUAAUGUGAUUUGGGAAUUACCUGACGUUGGGCCUUUUCUGCAAGAUGAGAAUUGUGUUGUACAUCUGAGGACAUCUACCAGACUAAAGAACACUAAUAUUCCUUUUCCUGAUGUUGAAUUGAUACUUGAUAGAAAAUUAUCUCGAUACACUAAUAAUCCUGCUAUCAGUAUAGAAGUGAACUGCAUCGACUUAUUACAAUUGGAAGGGUAUAAUUUGAUAGCUGCUGGAACCUUAAAUGGUGUGAUCAUCUUAUGGAAUUUUGUCACGUGUACUGUCACAGAAGUGUACCGACCUGAAGAUUGCUUUACUGUGGACCCUGACUUGGAUCCCAAACGUUUUAGAAUUAAUGACAUAUUAUUCCUCUUUCGUACCCCUGAAUGUGCAAGGAGAUCAAGUCAGGAUUCCAUAUGUUCUUCAUCCCAAUGUGACUCUAGUAGGGGUCCACAGAGUAGCAAGGGAAGUAAACAGAGCAUACAUGAUACUGAAGUUAAAGGUGAGAACACAGAUAGUGUGGUGGGAAAGCAACAGCUAGAGAACAAAAAACAAUUUGGAGGUUCCAGUUUAGCAGAAGUUCAACCACCUAUCCUUGUCACUGCACAUGAGGAUGGACACCUUCGAUUGUGGACUCUGGAGCUCCUUUCUGAAUUGUUUCUUGUUGUCUUCGACCUUUCUGUCAGUAGUUUGGAGGUACCUAAAUAUCAUUCUCAUGAACCUUUUGGGGGAAGUUCUCAAGGACAUGUUAUCCUUUGCAGUAUUGGCUCCUUCCUGGAUCUACCUCAUGAUGAAAAGAAAUUCAAGCAGCUUCUUUCCUGGCGUGCUCAUGCUCUAGAAAUUGUUCAACUAGUCUACAUAGAAGACUUACAAUUGGUGCUUACUGCCUCCAUUGAUGGAUCAGUAAGGCUCUGGCAGGCUCUCAAUGGUCAUUACUGUGGAUAUUUUGGACAGCGAAGGAUCUUUGAGUUAUCAAAUGCAAUUGACUUCAUUUUACCUUGUGAUGUUAAUGAGUGUCCUAUAGAAAUAAAAGAAGAAAGUAAGUUCACAGAGAAGAUGCAAAAAUAUGAAUAUCCUCUGAUAUUUAACAGGGAAAGAUGGAGAAAAAUGAGUUCAAUGUCUUUGCUUUUCAAACGUACACCACCCAAGGCCUUUGAAGUGGAACAGGAUUUUAAGUUUUUCCAAUCUCUUUCCUCACCCAAGAUUCGAAGGUAUGCACUGGAGGGUUUCAUGACUGAAAACAGAGAAGCAGGGAUUGUAUUUGGUUCUCUACCUAUAUAUAGGGUACCAAGUCCCACAAGUCUAAGAUUCUUGCCACUCAUUGGUUCCGAAGCACAAAAGGACUCUUUGGAUAUCUUUUCAGGGAAGAAGAAGGGAGGUCAUGUUCAACAUGAAAGAGUAAGAAGGAGGAGAAGUUUAAAAAAAAAUUUGGUCCCACAAAUAAAUCUGGCCUCUUCUUUCUUCCCAUCCAUUCCCAAGUAA